UUUAAUAAAAUUAAGUUCAACGCACAAAAAACAAAACAAAGCUUUCUCUGCUGUACUAAUUAAUUUCUUAUAUUAUUUUGUUAAAAAACAUCCCAUGCCUCUACAACGCCUGGAGCUAAGACUACAAAAUCCUAACGCAAUUUUUGAGGGUUGGUUGAAGCGUUGGAUACAUGAAGCCGAAACCAAAAGAUGUAAAUCACAGUAUAAAUUACGCGAAGCAUUGGAUGCACUAAAAAUGUAUCCCCUUCCAUUGUCUUCUGGCAGGGAAUGUGCCAUACUGAGAGGUUUUGGUUCAACACUUUGCAAUCUAAUAGAUCAAGAAAUGCAAAAGCAGAUGACAGCAGCCGAAGCUAUUGGUUUAAAUAGCACUUUGUACGAGGAAGACCUAAAAAUAGUAGUGGAAACUGUAAAGAAAACUAGGAUAAAAGUUUUACCAUCUAAGGAAAAGAUAGUAAAAUUGUCAAAAAAACAACAAAAAGCCAUUGCAGAGGAAGAGGAACGUACUAAACAAGUUUCGAUGAGUCCCGGAACAUUCAGAAUAAUACUUCUGGUAGACACACAGGAGACAAGUGGAAAAAAUAAAAAAAAUUUAGAUCAAACUCGAGGUUAUUUAGAAUCUUUAAGUGUAGAAUUUGAAGUAAGGCGCUUAACUGUCGGAGAUUUUCUUUGGAUUGCACGUGAUAAAGAAGGUAAUGAGUUGGUUCUCCCACAUAUAGUCGAACGUAAACGAAUGGAUGACUUAGCAUCUAGUAUAAGAGAUGGACGAUUUCAUGAGCAAAAACAUCGACUCCAUCAAAGUGGUAUACAACAUAUUAUUUAUCUAAUAGAAGAUUAUGGGGACAAUGAGCAUGUGGGUCUUCCCUUAGACAACCUUAAACAAGCUCUUAGUAAUACUUUAAUUCAUAACAAUUUUGCCAUAGAACACACUGAAAACCAUCGUCGCUCUAUGAUGUAUUUGCAAGGUUUGACGAAUUUUUUCAUAAGGCUUUAUAAAGAUAAAGUACUUCUAAGUUGUGAAAAAGAAGAUAUUCAAAUCAAUGAACCUAGCCAACGUAUGGUAGGUCUGUUGAAAUUUAAGGCGCUCUAUGAUGAUUCUGCUCGUAAUGCCCAGCUGACAAUUCGUGAGGUUUUUGUUCAGCAGCUAUUGCAAUUACAUUCCUUGUCUCUAGAAAAGGCUUUGGCUAUAGUGUCGUUCUACCCUACACCUCGGUGUUUAAUGGAUGCAUACGAUAAUUGUGAAUCUGUUAGUAAGGCUCGCAAUCUAUUAACCAAUAUAAGUAGUGGCCAAUUGGAAAGACCAUUAGGUGAUAAACUAAGUCAAACAAUAUAUAAUUUUUAUCGAAGUGAUUUUUAGUUUAAACAUGGUAGGUUUUAUUAAAAAUAAAUUUAUAAACUAAAAUUAUCAUCUUAAGUUCUGUACUGAUUUAUUUAAAAAAUUGCACUGUAUGUGCAAUUUUUUAAAUAAAUCAGUACAGAACUUAAGAUGAUAUCGGUAACUUAAGUGCGAUUACAAUAAAACAUUACCCCUUUUAUUACAAUGUUUGUUCAAUUUAAUGUUUCCAAUCUUUAGGUGAAUGAUUAGGGAUUAAAUUAAAAUUAAUUAAUAACAUCGUCCAAAACUUAAAAUAAGACUCGAACCAGAUGGAACUUAAUGGAAAAAAACUUCUUUGAUCCUGUGUCCUUUUUAAAGAACUUCAAAGUUUUAAGAAGUACAUUUUUAAACAAUAUUUUAAAAUACUUCUACUGAUCAAACAAUGCCAAAUUUGAUGUCAAGCUUAC